UCUCUUGUCAUCUGUUGGCGCUCGGAGGUGUUUUGUUCUGUUUUCGGUCGUCUUUUGUCUGCUGUGAAUUAGUGCACUGCACAGGAAGAAGCCGGUGUUCCUAAUCGCGAAAUCACCAAACACAAAAGGCUAGAAUCAAAUUUAUACGUGCAACAAGCUCAGCAAAUCUAUUUUCAACAUGCCAGUUCCAGAGCUCCAAAAACCCGCUCCCAAAUUCGCCGGAACCGCCGUCAUCAACGGCGAGUUCAAGGAGAUCAAGCUGGAAGACUACGCCGGCAAGUAUCUGGUACUAUUCUUCUAUCCUCUGGAUUUCACCUUCGUCUGUCCGACCGAAAUCAUCGCCUUCUCGGAUCGCGUGGAGGAAUUCCGCAAGAUUGGCUGCGAAGUGAUUGGCGUUUCGACCGACAGUCAUUUCACUCAUCUGGCCUGGAUCAACACACCCCGCAAGCAGGGUGGACUUGGCGAGCUGGGAAUCCCACUGUUGGCUGACAAGUCGAUGAAAAUCUCGCGCGACUAUGGAGUGCUACAGGAGGAAAGCGGAGUCCCAUUCCGUGGGCUGUUCGUCAUCGACGGCAAGCAGAAUCUGCGCCAGGUGACCGUCAAUGAUUUGCCUGUGGGACGUAGCGUUGAUGAAACCACUUGA